AUGGAUCAUUGGAAUUUUAUUGAAACUAGUACAUCAGGCCAACCAAUUCUAAGGGAAGCAGAGAAAGAUAUCUUACUUGAUCAUAAUGUGGGAUUAUAUCAUGGCAAAUCGAAGAUACUGCAUAGACAAAAUGGUCGGAUAUUUUUAACAUCCCAGAGAAUAAUUUAUGUUGACAAUAAUGAUCCCAUUAAUAAUUCUUUAGCAUUAGAAUUAGAUGAUAUUGGCUCUAUUGAAUAUCAGUCAAAAUUUUUAAAAAGGUCUGCAAGAAUGAUCGUUUUUUUUAAGGAUGCAGAUGUCAUUUUACACUUGUCAAAGUUGAAGAGAGAAAAUAGCUCAAAAAAAGAUAUUCUUACAGAGUGGAUUUGUCCAAUAUGUAUGUUCGCAAACGAAUACGAAGGAGAAUUUACCGAAGCAACGAUAACUCCUCCAGUUUGUACAAACUGUGGUGUACCUGCUGAUUAUGAAUUAUCUAAAUCCUCUAUCAAAAUAUCGUCAAUCUCAACAAGCUCCAAAAGGUUAGUCAAAAAGUCAGGAGGUGAAAAUGAUAAUAUAUGCCCAGCAUGUACUUUUAUUAAUCACUCAGAACUUAGAAAUUGUGAAAUAUGUGGUACGAGGCUUCCAAAAGCUAAAAAAAUACGAGGAAACUUCAAUUCUAGAAAAAAUAAAAAAUUCCAAUUGUUAUUAGAGAAUGUUUCGUCAGGUAAUACUGAUUUGAAAGAAGUGAAUUAUGCUCAGUUCAGUUUUAGAAAUUCAGAUGGCAUAUUGUUCUCUGAGGCAACAGAAAUGGCUUUGGAUAAUCUAUCAAAGGCAAGAAAUACAGAGAUUUUUAAUAAAGAUUUAGUUUCCGUCAAUGGAAUGUCUAUAAAGAGUCCUGUGAUGAAAGAGUUACCUUAUAUCGAAACUAAAUUAAGUAGAACUGGUAUUUCUACGCUAGAGCAGUCAAGAGAAACACAGCUAGCUAGAAAUGAUAUAUUAUUAAACAAUGCGCUCUCUGAUUUAAGCAAUUUAAUGUCAUUUGCUGAUGAUAUUGAGAAAUUAUAUUCUCGGUAUAAUAAAAAUGAUAUUAGUAGCAGUAAGAUGAACUCUAAGCAAGUUCCCUCCUUGAUUGUUGAUAGAGAUAAGUUUUACAAUAAGAAUAUCUUCAUCGAAGAAAUUGCCCGUGAGAUAUACGAGUUUGCAACUUCAGAGUUUAAAGAUGAACAGCAAAGAGAGGGUUGUGUUAUGAUCUCACUUGUAGACUUAUACGCGAUGUACAACAAAGCGAUGCGAAUUGGCGUAGGGUUUGUUUCGCCACUUGAGAUGAGAGAAGCAUGUGAGAGUUUUGAAAGAUUGGGAUUAACAAAAUUAAAGCUAACGAAGAUUAAUCAGAGAAUUUUAUGUCUGGGGUCUGAUAAUGCUCUAGAAAUUAUCAAAACAAAGAUAGUACAAAUUAUAGAGCAGUUUCCGGGUAGCCAUUUACUUCAAAUCUCAAAGAAGCUUAAUGAGUAUUCACAAAGUGACUGGACAAUUGGUGUGAUAACAGAAGUUUUACAAAAUUGUAUUGAUAGUGGUAUUUUGGUUGUAGACGAACAAUUAACUGGUAUUUUAUACUACAAAAAUUUAUUUUGGCAUAUAUAA